AUGGAGCGGGUCUUGACAGGAGGUUCCAAUGGGGGUGCCGUCAAGCCUGUCGCCAUGAGCGGCAAGGUUGACGAGUUUGGGGCGCAUACCAAGACCGACCCCAAGGAGAUCGCUCUCGUGAAGAAGAUUGACUUCUACAUUCUUCCUAUUCUCUGGAUCAUGUACUUCCUCAACUUCCUCGACCGAAACGCAAUGAUCAACGGCAAGCUCAACUCCCUCUCCAAGGACCUCAAGCUCAAGGGAACCGAAUACAAUACCUGCGUUUCCAUCCUGUUUGUUGGUUACCUGUGCGGCCAGAUCCCCUCAAACAUGAUCCUCAACCGAGUGCGACCCUCUUGGUACAUGGCGGGCUUCAUGUUGAUUUGGUCAAUCAUCAGUCUGCUCACAUAUCUUGCACAUGACUACAAGACGAUGUUGGUGUGCCGAUUCUUCCUCGGAAUCACAGAGGCUCCAUUCUAUCCUGGUGCUCUCUACAUGCUUAGUAUGUUCUACACCCGUAAGGAGAUUGCCACGCGUAUGGCAAUCUUCUAUACUGGAAACAUGUUGGCCAGCGCCUUUUCUGGGUUGAUUGCGGCCGGUGUUUUUGCCGGGCUUGAUGGGAAGCACAACCUUGCAGGUUGGCAAUGGUAUGAUGAAUCCAGCUUUUUUCAUACAAGACCUAGACUCACAGUGGCUAGGCUUUUUAUUAUCCAGGGUGCUGUUUCCGUCGGCGUUGCCCUGGCGGCAUUUUACCUCCUCCCUGACGCUCCGCUUCAGACCCGCUGGCUCAGUCCUGAGCAACGACAAAUGGCGCACCAGCGCAUCUUUGACGAUACUACUGAUCGCCGUGAGGGCAACACCAGUGUUUGGAAGGGCCUGCGUGAGGCUUGCACCGACUGGAGAACAUGGCUCUUCUGUCUCAUGGAUAACUUGCAUCUCUCAGCAAAUGGUUUCAAGAACUUUUUGCCAAGUGUGGUCAAAACCCUAAAUUACAACACCACAAUCACUUUGGUCCUCACAUGCCCGCCGUAUAUCUUGGCCGGUAUCAUGAGCAUUGUUGUCUCCCACUCGUCUGGUCGCUUCAAUGAACGAACAUGGCACACCACAGUGAGCAAGCUUAUUGCCUGUGCUGGCUUCACUAUGGCCGUGGCCACUUUGAACACCACGGUCAGAUAUGUCGGCAUUAUGAUCUUCGUUGGAGCUACAUAUGGAGUCAACAAUAUCAUUCUCGGAUGGACUUCAGCCACCUUGGGCCAGACAGAUGAAAAAAAGGCCGUUGCGAUUGCUAUGGCCAACACCUUUGGCAACCUUGCUAGCGUUUAUACUCCUUACUUAUGGCCAGAUUCGGACGAGCCAAGAUACCUGACGGCAAUGCUUGCGAGCAUUGGAUUCUCUCUUGGCGUCGUUGUCUGUGCCUGGAUCAUGAGAAUUGCGCUGCAGAGGCAGAACAAGAAGACGAUAGCAUCCAACCCAGAUGCAAUGAACUUGUAUGUGUACUGA